UUAAGGAUAAAAUUCCUCCCUCAUUGCAACCAGAAAAUAUCCGCCAACUGAAAUCAGCUUGUUAAGCUUCCGAUAGCUCGUUCUCAUAUAAGUAACGAACCCUCAUACAAGCGUAUGUGCAUUUAUAAUCCAAAUGCUUCACCCUAAUCACUUCCAACAGGUCAGAAAUCUGUAUCCGGGUUUUCCCCGGUGUGCUGGGCGCGCUCCAUUAACAUGUCCUCCUCUGCUGCAAUAAUUACCACCACCACAACCGAACUCAAACGAAAGGUAGUGCUACGAGCGGUUUUGAUUGACGGCUCUAUUAUGAAUUAAACGUUCAAUUCUCACAAUCCACCUGAUCCCCUUGUUACGGGGAGCCAAGAGGGUAAGGUCGCAAGUGCUCGGGUAAGGUGUCAACGCAGGACAGCCGGCCGGCCGUAGGGUUAAAGCGGCAAUCAUGCACAGAACAGCCGCCAGUGUAGUAGGUUCCAGUGCCAGUCGUCCGUCCACAUGGAUUGGGCCCGCAAGUGGUGGAAGGCGAACGCCUUCCUAGUGGCAUUAAUGCUGCGAGUUCUGUUCGGUGCGCAGGCCGUUAUUUUUGCCGAGCGAACUGCAUCGAACCACCACUCCCCGGCGGACCGCAGCCCUCGGAGUGUCGUCGUGGCACGAUGGAGAAGAAUUUCCAAUUUCACAACUGCAAGCGAAGGUGCCGCCCGGGGGCUUUUUACGAUGAUGGUCGUGCUGCUAUCGUCAGCCGUCGGUUUCGGCACUUAUUGGCAUUGGUCUGAUGAGUUGGCGUUGACAAAUGGCAUAAUUGCAUCGUCCAAUUGCCGCAGCCAGGGCUGUUCCAAAUCAAAGCGAGCCUUCCGCAUGGAUGUGAUCGGUGGAUUUGCCUUGCCGCUGCUAGUGACCGUCUGCAUUUAUCUUGCCCGCUGGAAUAAUAGAGCGCUGAUUCGGGACCUUAAUCGCAAUCGCAAAACUAUCUACCGCAGUCAGCAAAAGUGGCAAGGAGGCUUCUGGGAGCAGUACGGCCGGCUCGCCACCAAACAGCUGUUUGAAGUGAUGGCCUUGGGAAUCCUUUGGCUGAAUCUCAGACCCUUCAGCCACAUGAAACCCAGUGACAGUGACACGGAGGAUUAUCACGUUGGCAAAUUAAUUUCAUCGAUGGCGUCGAUGGUUCCGGCCACCGUCUGCCUGCUGGUAUCCAUCGAAAUGGGGCUCAAUUUUUCGUUACUAGCUCGCGGAUUAAGCUCCUUCAAUGUGGCCCACAGCGCUUUCGUUCGAUCUAUUCCUGUUCCUGCCGGUGGUGUUGGCCAAUGUUCGGCGUGUAAAACUGCUAAGCGUAGCUAUUUGCGCAACCUAGUAGUGCAGUUCGACGAACUGGGCCAAUUUGCGGUCGAAAUGGUACAGUUUUAUUCGCCAAUCUUGCUAGCGAUUGUUGGGAUGCAUUUUGUGCUGUUCACGAUGCAGCUGUUCCUGUGCUAUCGGCAGAUGUCGCGUACAACGAGCGAUUCGGUGAACAUCGAUCAACUCGGUCAAACGCUGUUACCGAUGCUGUCUGCCAUCGCCAGCGCAGGACAGAUCAUAUUUCUUGUCGAUAUAGCGGCCGACUUUAAUGGAAAACUGGACGAUUGCGCAGCAGUCAUCUUGGGACGUUUAGCUGCAGUCGCCCAUCACAAAGAACACCACCAAAGGCAAAUAAUGCAUGGCAACAAGGAAUUGGACAAAUGUGUGACCACAUUGGCCUUGAUUUUGAAUAGAGUCCGUGAUGGGACGUCCCUGUAUGGAUACUUCGAUUUAGACCGCAGUCUCGUGAUGACGAUCAUUGCUUCUACCUGCUCAUAUCUGAUCGUUUUAAUUCAAGUAAUGUGAAUGUGAACAACUAGGACCACGGACAGGAGUUGCAGUGGAAGAUGCAGCUGCUUCCUCGUGUAUUGAAGAAUACAUUCAUUUGAGCGCCAGAUGGACUUAAUUUUUAACCAUCCUGACAGCACUAUUAGUAACCUCAACUGUGAUGCGGGCUGACUCUGCAAUCGUUUAUCCUAAUUGUUACCAUCCGGCCACUGAAUGGUCAUUUUCAUAAAGUAGACCUGAGCUAUCUACCAUAAUUUGUUGACAUUGAAGAAUCCCGCAUUAUUACCUCAUCGUCGACGACAGUUUUCCGAGUGCUUCAAAGCUUGUCGGAAUCGUCAGUUUCUACAAGAGAUAUCUUGGUUUUUGUGGCCCAUCUGUUGGAUUCCUAAAGGCAGCCUUCGACUCAGUGUCAUCCUCAUCCUAUUCCGGUGGCAAAAUCAGAUCAGUGUAGAAUUAUAGACCUGAACUACAUUCUCAUCGAUGAACCGGUGGUACUCUCCACACUCGCUCAGCCGAAGCGUUCUUUCUCUCCC